GUAGACAUAACAUUCACUCGGCGUUGUCAGAUCGUCAAGAUGGGAGCGAGCACCAAGACUGGCAAAUUUGCCGUCGGAUUUACGGCCUUUGCGUUCGUGUUUAUACUGAUAUCUUUUUGCUCACCGUACUGGCUGCAAACCGAUGGAAAGCUGGAAAAACCAAAAUUCACAAAUUUAGGACUGUGGGAGCUAUGUUUGAAAAACUUCACCGAUAUUCAUCGAUUUUACGAUACAUCGUUCGAAGGAUGCAUGUGGAUAUUCGAGGAGGAGUAUUACAUUAUACACGAUUACAUCCUGCCCGGAUUCUUUAUUGCGGUGCAGUUCUUUUUCACGCUGUGCUUCACGAUGCUCCUGAUGGGCGCUUUUAUGACGAUGAUUUACCUCAGCUGCUCGAGGGAUGACGAUCGGUUCAUAAUGCUGUUGCUGACAAACGGAACCACCCUGGUGGUGGGUGCCAUCUGUGGACUGAUUGCCGUGAUUACAUUCGGAUGCUACGGUGACAGCCGAGAUUGGAUGCCCAACUGGGAACACAACGGUAUGGGUUGGGCAUUCGCGCUUGGCGUGGUCGGUGUGUUUGCUCUGUUCCCUGCCGGGAUCCUGUUCAUUGUGGAAGCCAGACGGGCGACAUAUCGUCGAUUGAACAACAUAGCGAACGCGGAGAUGGCUGCCUACACCAUGGAUGAGCGAAAACAUCGUGGGGGCCAUACCGAUAUUUAGAUUUUAGGUUUCGAUUGACCUUUUCGUAAAAUUUUCAUACAAACUAGACUUAGGAGGAGAAAUCUCACGCGAAUACGAAUGAAUAUCAUGGAGGUAGUAUUAGACCAGCUUUUAGGUUACACAUGAACAUUCCGUCCACGGUUUUGAGUAUGUUUCUCGAAACUAAUCGUAUUUUUAGGAAAUACCAUUUGUAUUACGAAGAUGAUUGCAAAUUGCUCUUUUUAAUAAAACUAUUUUUAUUAUCCAUA